AUGCAUCCAGAUAUCCCCGCCAUUGAUACAUGGGAUUGUCUGUUCGAAAGAACAGAAAAGCCUUUCCCAGAUGAUCACAUUAUCUUCAAAUCGCCAUCAGGAGUCCGAACAUACAACGACAUUCGCUCUCGAGCGCAGAACUUUGGCGCUCACUUACAGAGUAAAUGGAAAUGGAGCAAAGGAGAUGUUCUCCUAACAUUCUCACCGAAUUAUCUCGAUGCACCACCAGUCUAUUGGGGCUGUCAUUGGGCAGGAGGAAUAGUCUCCCCUGCCAACCCGACCUACACAGCCGAUGAACUAAAGUAUCAGAUCAUCGACAGUAACGCAAAGGCAAUAGUGGUGCAUGUAUCUCUCCGCGAAACUGCACUCGCCGCUUCAAAGCUGGUGGGGUUCCCAACUUCCAACAUCUGGGUGAUGGGGGCUUCUUCCUCAGUCGCGGAUUUGCAGCAUGUCGAAUCGAUGCUAUCAGUUCCAACCACAGCUGGAUCACGUCCAACGAUUAACCCUGCUAUCGACACGGCCUAUUUGGUGUACUCUUCCGGCACGACCGGAAGCCCAAAGGGCGCAAUGGUUACCCAUACAAACGUCGUGGCAGAUAUCAUUCUCCAAAGGCAUGUUGAAGGCGAACACCUCGACUGGAAGAAAGAUCGGUUCCUUGCAUUGAUACCGACGUAUCAUAUCUUCGGAUUAAUAUGCCUGGUGCAUUUCCCAGCCCUAAUGGGACUCCAGACGGUUAUCAUGGAGAAGUUCUCUGUCAAUGAAUUUCUGAAAAAUGUCAAAAAGGAAUCCAUCACCCAUGUCUACGUCGCUCCACCCAUUGUCUUGUACCUUGCCAAGAACCCCUCGAUGACUCGUGAGCACCUCUCGUCCCUCAGAAUGGUGACCUCUGGCGGUGCUCCACUAGCUCCAGAUCUGAUUCGAACGGUAUACGACCGUCUCAAGAUCCCAGUCCGCCAGGCCUUCGGUCUAACAGAAUCAACAGCCGUGGCUCACAUCCAGAGAUGGAACCAGUGGAGGGAAGCCAUGGGCUCAAACGGACCACCCAUGCCAACAGUCGAGGUGAAAUUCAUCAACGAGGAAGGCUCCCAGAUCCACGAAGGGGAGGGCGAACUAUGUCUUCGAGGACCGACGAUUUUCCGCGGAUACCACAACAAUGCUGAGGCGACUGCUCGAUCUAUCACUCCGGAUGGGUGGUUCAUGAGUGGCGAUGUCGGAUACCAGGAUCAGGACGGCAAUCUUUACAUCACAGAUCGACUGAAAGAUCUGAUCAAGUUUAAGGGGUUUCAGAUUCCGCCAGCUGAGAUAGAAGGUGUUCUGCAUGAGCAUCCGCUUGUUCAUGAUGCUGCCGUGAUUGGGGUUUUUGUUCCAGAGAUCGCGUCUGAAGUCCCGCUUGCGUAUGUUGUUCUUGCGAAGACUACCCAGUCACCGGAGCAGGUGGCGCGGGAGUUGUUGGCUCAUGUCGCGGAGAAGCUUACGGUCCAGAAGAGGAUUCGGGGUGGUAUUAUUCCCAUUGCUGAAAUUCCGAAAGGGCCAUCUGGUAAGAUUCUCAAGCGGGUUCUGAGGGCCAGGGCUGAGGGUGUUGAUAAAUGGAAAGCGCUUGGUGCUGCUAUCUAUGAUGAGCGUUCUUCCAAGCUAUGA